UCUUUCUGCCUGAUGUUCUGCUUGUAUCCUCACCACAGCUCAGCUGGAAUCUGCCUCGUGCGAGGAACUCUUACUGCAGUCGUGAACGGAGUCACCCACCUCUGAGCUUGACAGCUGCGCUAUAGUCACAGUCAUGGGAAAAGGCUCCUCAAUGCUUCCCUCUGUUUCACUGAGAGUCAUUGAACUUCAACUGGUUAUGUGGUCGGAGUAAUUUUGUCACUGAUUGUCCACAACGGACUUUCUCACACAACCAAAGUUCUUUUUAAGGAUGGCCAGGCAUCGGAGGGAGACUGUUCUUUACUCCAGAAACAAGCCAAAUCCGUCUUGAUAUCUUUAUUGCUCUUGAAGUGGAGGCUGAAUAAACCAGAAAUGUGCCAACUGAAGCAGCCUCAAUGACAUUGUAAUGGACCACAUCUGUAUUAGAAGAAUAAUGGACUUGCAAAGGACUUGUAAAAUCCUUCCUAAAUGAACUGAUCUUAUUAUUAUAACUUUUUCUGUUGGUUCCUACUACCCUUAUGUUUCUGAUCAGAUCUUACCAUCACAACAAUGAGUAUGAAUUUACAAAGGAAACUUCAAUAUCCAAGAUGGAACAGUUUUCAGAUGAUGAACUUGAUCAUGCAGCAGAGGAGGACAGUGAUAAAGAGGACCAGGACCUUGACAAAAUGUUUGGAGCUUGGCUUGGAGAGCUGGACAAACUAACAAAGAGUCUGGAUGAUGGGAGACCAGAGAAGGUACAGAAAGCCCCUCUCAGACAAGAAACAAGCAUGGCCAACACGGCCUACCGCUUCUCAGUUUAUAACAUCAACGAGGCUCUGAAUCAGGGUGAAGCAGUGGAUCUAGAUGCUCUAAUGGCAGACCUGUGCUCCAUCGAGCAGGAGCUCAGCACCAUCGGUAAGCCCAGCAGCGGUUCAUCUCGUCUUGGCCUGUCCGGGGAACCCAAAGUGCGUCAGAAACCACCGGCAGGCCGCAGUCACAGCACUAAACACACGGGCAGCAGCAGCAGCAGUGGAGGGGCGAGCAGCAGUGGAGGCAGCACCAGCAGCAGCACCCGCGCCUCGCCAGCUUCUACAGUCAGGGUAGGCAGCACCGGCAGCAGACCCCCAUUGGCAUCCAACUUCUCUCUAGAUGACAUCACUGCCCAGCUGGAGAAAGCCUCCCAGAGCAUGGACGAAGCAGCCCAGCAGAGCUCCACAUCUUUCGGUUCUACACCCUCCACAGCGUACUCUUCCUCCACAGUGCGACGGACGACCUCCCAUCAUCAUCAUCAUCGCAGGACGGGGUCUGUGGGUACAGUCACCGAGCAUGAGGUGCGACCCUUUGUCCAUUCCUCUUGCUCAAGCAUUAACUCAGCCUCUGCAUCCAGCAUGGACUCACUGGACAUUGAGAAACCCAAGGAUCAGGACGGGUUACAGGAUGGACAGGACCAACAGAGUUCGGAGGAGGAACAAGCUGCCAAAUAUAAAGCUGAGAAGAUUCGAGUGGCUCUGGAGAAGAUAAAGGAAGCACAGGUUAAAAAGUUGGUAAUCCGGGUGCACCUAUCAGACGAGAGCUCGAAGACUAUGAUGGUGGACGAGAGACAGACGGUGCGUCAAGUGCUGGACAGCCUGCUAGACAAAUCCCACUGUGGUUACAGCCUGGACUGGUCUCUGGUUGAAAUCCUCUCUGAACUCCAGAUAGAGAGAAUUUUUGAGGAUCAUGAGAACCUGGUGGAGAACUUGCUGAACUGGACCAGGGACAGCACCAACAGACUGAUGUUCAUUGAACGUAUUGAGAAAUAUGCACUUUUCAAGAACCCUCAGAACUAUUUGCUGGGGCGGAAGGAGACGUGUGAGAUGGCAGACAGAAAUAAAGAGGCUCUUCUGGAGGAGUGUUUUUGUGGUAGCUCUAUCAGUGUGCCUGAGAUGGAAGGGGUGCUCUGGCUCAAAGAUGACGGCAAAAAAUCCUGGAAGAAGCGCUACUUUCUGUUACGAGCCUCUGGAAUAUAUUAUGUGCCAAAGGGGAAAGCCAAGGCCUCUAGAGACCUGGUUUGCUUCCUGCAGCUGGAUCAUGUUAAUGUGUAUUUGGGUCAGGACUAUCGCAGCAAGUAUAAAGCACCGACUGACUACUGCAUGGUCCUGAAGCACCCUCAGAUUCAGAAGAAAUCACAGUACAUCAAGUACCUGUGCUGUGAUGAUGUCAGAACACUGCAUCAAUGGGUCAACGGAUUACGCAUUGCCAAGUAUGGCAAGCAGCUGUAUGUGAACUACCAGGAGGCUAUGAGGCGCACAGAGGCGGCUCAUGAUUGGUCCUCCCUGUCCAGCUCCAGUAUGAAGUCUGGUUCCAGCUCUUCCAGUCUGCCAGAAUCUCAAUCCAACCACUCCAGCCAAUCAGACAGCGGUGUGUCAGAGACCACAUCCUCCGGUCAUGUGCGUUCUCAGAGCGUGGUCAGCUCCAUAUUUUCUGAGGCCUGGAAGAGAGGCAAUCAGUCAGAUGACACCAAGAUGAGAAUGGACUCUGCCCCACCAACACAGCCUGCUAGAGCUUCAUACCCUCUGCAGCUUCCCCAAAUACCCCAGAUGCCACAGUCUAUCCAGUCUCGUAGCAGCUACUCUGGUGUGUCCCCAAUGUCCUCCCCCUCACCUCCAUCUCCACCACCUCUGCCUCCUCCACCUCCGCCACUCCCCAACCCCACCCACCACUCCACCUCAGUUAUGUUUACCAAAUACAGUACCAUUGCUAGGCUGCAAAACAUCUCCCAGGCACCAAACCAUUACAAACUUACCCCCUUGUUGGCAGCACAGCUGCAGCAACAACUACUUGUGCCACCAACCCCACCUCCACAGUGUCACAAACCUGUGAUGAAUAAUAUUGUAGAACCUGACAUCAGUUCCCCUCCACCCCCACCACCCCCUCCUCCUCCAGAGAUGCCAGUGCCUGGGUCAGCCAUGGCGGUGUUGAAGCAUGCCCCCCUCAGCCCCCAGUAUACUCCCCCUCCACCUCCAGAAGAAGAUGAGCUGCCAGCCCCAGUAAUGGCAGUAACCAGUAACCUACACCGUAAUGGCAUCCUGCCUCCACCACCAGCCUCAGAGCUGUUAAAAUACCCACCUCCCCUCAGCUCCAACGGGCUGCAGCAGUUCUUAGCUCAGAAGUUCCCUAAUAUGACCUAUGACUUUUCACCUGUCCAGCCAGAUGAUGAGCCUCCACCGCUUCCUCCGCCUCCUCUACCCUCACAGCCUCCAGUGUGUUUCUCUCCACCUCCUCAGCAGUUUGCAGGUCCUCCACCUGCCCCACCAAAAACAUUCACUGUUGGGUUUCCGCCACAAACUACUCCGAAACUUAGUCACAGCAUUUCCCCUGUUUCCCCUGUGCCGCCGACUCUGUCUCCAACCCCUCCAGCAACCAUAAGGAAACAGCAGAGCCUCUCCAGUGGCCACAGUCCCAAUCAACCUCCACCCACACUUCCUAAGCAAUAUAGCCUUUCUUCCAAAGCUCCACCUGUAUCUGCCCCCAUCUCUCCAACCCAAUUUCUUGUAAAGCAGAUUGUAAACCAGUUUCCCGACACCCCUGAUGGAUCCAAAGGUCCUAUUUCUCCUCCUGUGGUAAAAAUCAAACCAAAAUGGCAGCCAGGUGAGCAGGCUCAACCCCAAUCGCCUGAAUUUCCUCCACCUCCACCGGAGAGUAGCCUUGAAUUCCCUCCACCUCCUGCUCCAAGUCCACCUCCUGCCCCUUCUGGGAAAAUGGUGUCACCAAUGAAGAAAUCCCCAUCAACAUCAUCAAAUUCCUCUACUGGUUCAGUUGGGAAGAAGCCCCCUCCGACCCCACAUCGAAACUCCAGCGCAAAGUCAAACUCUUCCAUCGAGUACCAGGAGUCCAAGAAAGUGGAGGAUCUGGUGAGCAUGUUUGCUCAAACCAGUCAACCCACAUCCAACUCCCUCUCAACUCCAUCUUCUACAACAGGAUCACCUUCCAAGGACUCCUCUGCAGGACCUCGGGCAGCAAAACCAGGUAAGAUCAACUUGGUAAAUCUGCCUCUGGCUCUCCAAGGGAAGCCAAGUCAGUAUCGCCAGCCCAGCUCAGACUUUCCCUCUCUCCCCCUGGACUGUGACUUCCCACCACCUCCUCCAGACUCAGAGCUCCUUCCUCCCCCACCUCUCCAAUCAGAACUGCACACCGGGGCUCCCAGAGUGGCCGUGGUGAACCCCCAACCCCAACUCUCCUCCAGCACAUCCUCCUGGAAGCAGAGCUCAUUGAAGAAAACACCACCUGUGGCUGUGCACUGCCGUAGUAGUGGCCCACCCGAGCCGCUUGCCCUUUCUCCACCUCCACAACAAAUCCCUAUAUCAUCUUUUAACUCUCAGAUCCCUCCAACUUCCCCCAAGGGCAAUCUGUCCAUCCAGACCAACUUCCUGGAAGAUCUGAAUAGAACUCUGAAAAGGAAGUCCAUGACCCGACCUGGCUCCCUCACCUCCUCCCGAAUCUCAGCCAAGCUGGAGCCAGUAGCCACCAUGGACGAUAUGGCUCUCCCUCCCCCUCCUCCAGAGCUGCUGCUGGGCCAGCAGAAAAAGGGCGGCUACGUGGCCACCAACAUCUCAGGCUAUGCAACAUUACGGCGAGGACCUCCACCGGCUCCACCCAAACGGGACCAAAACACUAAACUGACAAGUGAGUGGUAGUUGGCACACAUGCCGAUUACAGAUAUGCUACUUUCCUUUUCCACUCUGUUUAUCUUUGAUGGCUGAAACAUGACUGCAUUAAAAUAAUACUCAUUUUAACACCAGAUUAUAAUCACAAUAUGAAAAAGCCAAACCAUCUAUAACAUAGCUUCUCUGCGUGUUUGUGCCGAUUUGCUAUUAAGUAUCAAGCAGAAAUACAAAAGCACUAAGAAAAAGAGUGACAUUAUUAUUAUACAGUAGGUACUGCAUGGACACUGCUGUAAGGAAAGGGUAUAACGUACAUGUAUCAUAAAAUAUAUAUGUGAAACUCUGGGGUGGGAGGGAACUUGUACCUUUUUUAUAUGAAAUUAUUUAAUACCUGAAAUAUAUUCUUAUUUUAAAGUUUAGUUUUGAAACCCUUGGCUGUAAGCAUUUAACGUGAAUAGAAAAUCAGGGUUGUUGAACCGAUGCUUGUAUGUGUGUGCGUGCAUUUUGACUGAGUGAUUUGGUUGAUCCAGUCUCAGAAAAAAAAAGAGAGAGCCUGGUUAUAAUGCCGCCCUUGCUCAUCAUUAAAUGUGUAAAUCCUGUAUUUGGGGAUUGCACUUAUGUAGCAUACAUUUUAAAUGAAGUAUUCUACCAAAUUUUCCAAAUUUAAUUUAAAUGGUUUAGAACCUUUCAGUAAAAUGUCAAGAAAGAAAAAAACUAUUACCAUUGUGAUUGAUAAAUAUGUUCUGUUGUGUUCCUGUGGAUCCUUAAUUUUCAUGAAGAUGUUCAAAUGUUAGAUGAAGAUUAAAACAAAUGAGCCCAUUACCAGUUGAGUAUAUCUCUGUGUGUAUCUGGGCAGUGUCUGGGAUGGGAUGUGCUCUGUCUAUGUUGGUUACAUUACUAUCUAUCUGUAAAUACAGCUGCAGUUCCUGACUUUAUCAACAUGCAUUAGCUCUGUAUGAGUGAUACACACACUAGGAAGUUGUCAUUCUGCCCAUUUUGACCACUUGCUAUGCUCCCAUGAUGACCUCUAUCUCAGUGCUGUGUAGGUGUCACAUGUCAGGAACAUCUCUCAUGUCAUGGCAAUGCCAAAACAUUCACUGACAUUAAUCUUGCAUGCAUGCUUCCAUAGCAUUGUUACACACUUUAGAAUUUUAGGAUCAUAGCCAAAAAAUAAAGUGUCAAGUUUACUUGACUUAAAAUGCAAAAAAUUCACUGUGUGCCUAAUGUCAUUGUCAUCCAUCUAUCGAACUUGAAUGCGUAGGUUGACAAAGCAUUUACAUGAUCGUUUUGCAUCUCCAAAUAAAAAUAAAAGAAAAUCGAAAUUGGAAAUCUGAAUGCAAAAAUGUAAGCACAAACAGAGCCCUCUUCUAGGAAGAUGUACAGAGCUAAUGGUGCUGCUUAAAGUCAGGAACAUUAUAGUUAGUUAAAUGGGAAAUUAAAUGUCUGUUACAUUUAAACUUAACAAUAUAAAUGUGUAAAUCACAAUGUUGUCCACGUUUUUAUUCUUUUUAUUAUUUAGCAUCAUACUCUUAGUACAAUUGUAAGCUUCUUAUGAAUUAUUAUGUGAUUUACAGUUGUAAAUGCUUAGUUUUAAAAUAGACCUUAAUCUCUUAAAUGUAUGUGCUUGGGCAGUAUUAAACACUAUCCUGAUCAUGAUCAUGUUUAAACUAAAAAAUAAUGUGCCUUGGGUAGAACACUGAUCAAUAGUCUACAACAAUACCCCAGCAAUUAACCCUAAAUGAAAAAUGUCACAAGUCAUGGUUUACCACAGAAAUGUCUACAGUUUUA